AUGUCGACACCCACACCUUUCUCUUCUUCUGAGCGUGAGAUCGAAAAUGAGUGGUACCAUUUGCUCAACGAUCUUCCGGAGGUAAAUGAAGUGGCGAAUGCGGAGCAGGACACUAGCCUGUACGAAGCACAGCAGGCUGAGCAAGCGGUGCAAGGUCCUGACUCAUUGGAUGAGAGUCCAGAGGAUCAAAGUCUCUGGGGUCCUCCCCUUCCCACCCUCCCUCCCUCAUCCCCUUCCCACUCCCACGGCCUUGCUCUGCCCAUUCCUGUCCCUCCUGUUGUGACUGGAGGCAUAGAGUCUCAGACGACGGCUCCUCCAGCCCCUCUUGUCCCAGACAUGGUCGUCAAUAACGUCCCUGAUGAGAGUCUCGCUCCUGAGCUCAUCGGGGUACCUCGACCCAAGCAGCGCCGGGCUGCUGCCAAGAGGGUGCCAAAGCAACAGGGCCCCAAGCGUGUCCCCAACGGCGUCGGCAAACCGCCUAAGCGCCUCUCUGCAAACCAGCAGCAGAGGCAAUGGGACCGGGAGAGGAUGGCGGAGUUGAGACAACAGCGAGAUUUUCAGGCAGCUGCUGAAGCGGCUGCUAUGAUGGCUAGUGGGACAGCGGCUACCCAGCCUGGCCAACUUUAUGGCCAGAAUCAAUUUUCCUAA